GGAAAUACCAUUCAAAAAGAUUGUCGAAUUUCCUAGAAAUUUUCUUCGAGAUUCGAUUUUGAAAAGUUGAACACCGAGUACAAAAAGCGAUAAGAUUAAAAGAAGAAAAAAAUUAUCACCAGACAAACACCAACCACCUUCAAAUAAAUGUCAAACUAAAAUUGUGAUUAAUUUAAAAAGAACAAAAAAAUGUUUCGUAUAGCUAUCGAUCGUGGUGGUACAUUUACCGAUGUUUUUGCCAUCGGUCCAGAUAAACGAAUUGUUACAUUGAAAUUAUUGAGCUCAAAUCCUAGUCAAUAUAGAGACGCUCCAUUUGAAGCAAUCAAACGAAUCUUGAAACAAUACAACAAUCAAUCCGUCGACCAACAUGAUAAUAUCGAUUCGAUUCGUAUGGGAACCACAGUGGCCACAAAUGCUUUACUCGAACAUAAAGGUGAAAGAGUAGCCAUUGUUUUGACGAAAGGAUUUCGUGAUAUAUUCCAAAUUGGCUAUCAAAAUCGUGAAAAUAUUUUCGAACUUGAUCUUGCUGAUCCAUUUCUUCUCUAUGAAAAAGUUGUCGAAGUAGAUGAAAGAAUUAUAAUGUUCAAUGAACAAUGUGAGAUUACCCGAAAUAAUAUGCCUUUCGUGGAUGCUAUUACUGGUGAAAAAAUCGGUAUAUUAAAACGUGUUUGUUUGGAUGAUGUCCGGCGAGAUUUGAAACAAAUCUAUGAAUCUGGAAUUCGAAGUUUAGCAAUAGCUUUUGUACAUUCAUAUUUAUAUCCAGAACAUGAAUUGAUUGUUGAAAAGAUUGCCAAAGAAAUUGGCUUCACUCAUGUAUCGUUGUCACAUAGAAUCAUGAAAAUGAUACGAUAUGUACCAAGAGGAAUGACUUCAAUUACCGAUGCCUAUCUCACACCUCAUAUCCAGGCUUACAUUGACAGUUUCAUGGCCAAUUUCGAAGGAAAUUUUGAUCAGAAAAAAUUAUUAUUCAUGCAAUCCGAUGGUGGCUUGACUAAUGUAUCGAAUUUCAGUGGUUGUCGAUCAAUAUUAAGUGGUCCGGCUGGAGGUGUGGUUGGUUAUGCACUGACAACCGUUAACGAUAUCGGCAUAGAGAAACCGAUCAUUGGAUUCGAUAUGGGUGGAACAUCAACAGAUGUCAGCCGUUAUAAUGGGAAAUUGGAACAUAAAUUUGAAUCGAAAAUUGCCGAUGUCAUUAUUCAAUAUCCACAGUUAGAUAUUCACACUGUAGCAGCUGGUGGAGGUUCACGUCUAUAUUUCCGUAAUGGAUUAUUCGUGGUUGGUCCAGAAAGCUCGGGAUCUUAUCCAGGACCCAUUUGCUAUCGAAACAAUGGUUAUCUAUCGGUUACCGAUGCCAAUCUCUGUCUUGGAAGAUUGUUACCGGAUCAUUUUCCUAAAAUUUUUGGACCAGACAAAAAUCAAGGAUUAGACAUUGAAGCCGUGGUCAAAGAAUUCACGAAUUUAUCCACCAAAGUCAAUGAAUUUUGCCGAAACAAUGGCCGUAAAGAAAUGACAAUCGAAGAUAUUGCAUUAGGUUUCAUUAUGGUCGCAAAUGAAACAAUGUGCCGUCCAAUUCGUUCAAUCACACAGGGUAAAGGAUAUGAUAUAAAAAAUCAUGUUUUAACCUGUUUUGGUGGUGCUGGUGGACAACAUGCUUGUGCAAUAGCUCGAUCUCUUGGAAUUGAAAAGAUAUUUAUUCACAAAUACUCUGGAAUUCUAUCAGCAUAUGGUAUAGCAUUGGCCGAUAUCGUUCAUGAAGAAACAAUGCCUUGUUCAAUGGAAUAUCAAUCAUCAAAUUUGGAAAAAAUUAAUUCCAUAAUAUUAAAAUUGACAAAAAAAUGUGAAAAUGUUCUCACGGAAAAAGGUUUCAAUCAACAACAUAUACGAUAUGAAGUGUAUCUCAAUUUGAGAUAUGAAAAAACUGAUUUUUCUUUAAUGGUCACUAGUAAAGAUGACAAAAACAAAAUAGUCUUAUGUACUGAAGACAAUUUUCGUGAUGCAUUUAUUGAACAAUAUGAACGAGAAUUUGGUUUUGUUAUUCCAAAUCGAUUGAUAUUGAUUGAUGAUAUUCGUAUCCGUUCAAUUGGAUUUAUUGAUGAAACAUAUUUGCCCAUUAAACAGGAUCAGAAAAUGAUAAAAGAAUUACCGAAGCCAGUUACAAUAACAAAAUGUUAUUUUGAAAAUAUCGGCUAUCAAGAUACACCGAUUUAUCGUUUUGAUGAUCUCAAAUACGGUAAUUGCAUCAAUGGACCGGCCAUUAUAAUUGAAUCAAAUAGUACAAUUCUUAUUGAACCAUUAUGUGAUGCUCAAGUUACGAAACAAAAUAAUAUUCUUAUCAAUGUAAAAACCGAUUCAUCACUUUCAUUGACAACAGAGCUUGAUCCGAUUUAUCUAAGUUUAUUUUCCCAUAUCUUUAUGGGAAUAGCCGAACAAAUGGGUUCGGCUUUGAAACAUACUGCCAUUUCUACGAAUAUCAAAGAACGGUUGGAUUUUUCUUGUGCAAUAUUCAGUGCAAAAGGUUAUCUAGUUUCAAAUGCUCCACAUAUACCUGUUCAUCUUGGUUCUAUGGGUAAAGUUGUGGAAUAUUUGUAUGAAAAUAUUGAAGAUAUGAAUCCAGGAGAUGUUUACCUCACCAAUCAUCCAUCUGAAGGUGGCACACAUUUACCCGAUUUAACGGUGGUCACUCCAGUAUUUCAUAAUGAAACGAAACCGUUAUUUUUUCUAGCAAGUCGAGGUCAUCAUGCUGAUAUCGGAGGUCUAACACCCGGUUCAAUGCCAUCGAAUUCUACACACUUGACUGAAGAAGGAGCACAAUUUAAAUCAUUCAAAUUGGUUUCAAAAAACAUCUUUCAAGAAGAGGCACUAAUUGCUCAGCUAAUGAAACCUAAAGAAUUUCCUGGUUGUAGUGGAACUCGAGCAUUGAAUGAUAAUAUAAGCGAUUUGAAAGCUCAAAUAGCUGCCAAUAACAAAGGAUUGAAAUUGGUUAAUGAAUUGAUCGAUAUGUAUGGGUUGAAAGUGGUAUUGGCUUAUAUGCAUCAUAUACAACAGAAUGCUGAAUUAGAAGUAAGAGAUUUAAUGAAAAAAAUUGCUAUCGAAAAAAAUACAAAUGUACUCAUUGCCAACGAUAUGAUGGAUGAUGGUUCGAUUAUUGAAUUAAAAAUUAAAAUCAACUCGAAAACCGGUGAAAGUAUUUUCGAUUUCACUGGAACCAGUCAACAAGUACAUGGAAAUUGGAAUGCUCCCGAAUCAAUUACAUAUUCGGCUGUUAUUUAUUGUUUGCGAUGUAUGAUUGGUCAUAAUAUACCAUUGAAUCAUGGAAUCUUAUCGGCAAUCAAGAUUAUCUUUCCAAAACAUUCGCUAAUAUCUCCGGGCUUAGAUUCAGCUGUAGUUGGUGGUAAUGUAUUGACUUCCCAAAGAAUAACAGAUGUUAUUUUCAAAGCUUUCGAUGUUUGUGCCGCAUCACAAGGAUGUAUGAACAAUAUAACAUUUGGUGAUUCGAAUAUCUCUUAUUAUGAAACAGUUGCCGGUGGUGCAGGUGCUACGGCUAAUUGUGUGGGAAGAAGUGGUGUCCAUUCUCAUAUGACCAAUACAAGAAUGACUGAUGUAGAAAUUCUUGAAAAACGUUAUCCAGUAAUUUUGAAAACAUUUACUAUCAAUUAUAAUACUGGAGGAACAGGUUUGAAUUCGGGUGGAAAUGGAAUUAUUCGUGAACUUUUGUUUCGAAAAAAAUUAACACUUUCCGUGCUGACUGAACGACGAGUUUUUAGUCCAUAUGGAAUCAAAGGUGGCAAAAAUGGCAAACGUGGUAAAAAUUUACUCCAAAAACGCGAUGGAACUAUCGUCAAUUUGGGCGCUAAAAAUACUAUCAAAGUGAAUGAAGGAGAUGUGUUUCAUUUAGAAACUCCAGGUGGUGGCGGAUUUGGUGAUUGCUCAACAAUUUCAUCUAAUUGAUGCCAUUUUCAUUCAUCAAUUCUUGCCACAUUUUACGAUUAGCUAGGCAACCAUCAUAAAGUGGUUUCAAUCUCGGACG